ACCCGCAGAAGAUGAGGAAGAGGAGAUAGACGGCAGCAGCCCUUGAGGGGGCAGGGGUCGGAUUGUCCCAGGGAUGCGGCCACGCGGGCGCUAAGGGGCACGGGGGCGGCCAUGGCGUCGUCGGAAGGGCGGCCCGAGGAGGCCUCGUCGCGUUCAGGCGGCGGCGGCGGCUGCGGCGGCAACACGCACGAUGGAUCGGACAACGCGGACGAGACGUCCAGCAUGGGCGAGUCGCCCAUGUGCCGCAUCUGCUUCCGUGGCUCCCGCGCCGGCAGCCUGCUGUCGCCGUGCAACUGCAAGGGCACCAUCGGGCUCGUCCACAAGGAGUGCCUCGAGGAGUGGCUCUCGCGACGCAACACCGACGAGUGCAACAUCUGCGCGUACCAGUUCAAGGUUGAGCGGACUCCCAAGAGCAUCUGGGACUGGCUCCGCGACCCGAGCAGCCGGCCGAACCGCUGGUACAUCCUGGUCGACAUGUCCCUGUCCCUGUUCGGCGGCGUCAUGCUGCUCGUGUCCGCCUGGCUGUCGGCCGUCGAGAUGAUCAGCGGCAUCUCGUCGGUGCUCGGCUGCGUGCUCAUCUGCGUCAUCGUGGUGCUCGCGGGGCUCAUCUGCGUCGCCGACAUCUACCUCAUGGUGCGCCACCACCACCAGGCGCUCGUCCAGUGGCGCCAGAACAACUGGGGCGUCCGGCUCGUGCUGCCCACCGGCGCGACCGAGAGCGCCGUCCCGUCGGACGCCAGGGGUCCGCCGCCGCCGCCCUCGGAGCCGCCUUCGGUGCCGCUGAACGGCACGGGCACCGCCGCCGCGCCGCUCGUCAACACGACGAACGCGACGGCGACCCAGCAGCAAGAUUCGACGGCCACUGACCACCCCGUCGUGUGAAAAGCCGACGCGAACCCUCAAGCACGGGUGGUCUCGAUACGUACCAGUGGCGUCGGAUGCGUAUUGGACAGACGGCUAAACGACAGACGACAGACGACUAAACUCUCGUAGGAUUCGUGCAGACGCCGCCACGCGAAUGCGUGACCGAGUCGUCCUCACCGCACGGUGCCAGCGUAUAUGGUACUGAAUUCGGUGGUUGGAAGGUUUUACCAAAUUUCGGCGGCCGGUGGCUAUAGUGCGCAGCAAUAUUACUCUUAGUCCUUCCGACGACGUCUGUCUGAAUGGGCGCGCUCGUGCGUGGACGAUUGGGGACGGUGUACGUAGAAAGAGAAAAUUCGGGGGCGGAAAUUAAUUCCGGGACGACCUGCCGCAUUAUGGAAAACAAGUAGAGCUCCGAGUAAAGCCGCACAAUGGGAAGUGCUUGAAACAAAUUCGUGUCACUCUAUUAAAGUGAAGGACUGGGCUAAGAGGAUGCCUGCAUGGAUUAUGCUGUGCUAAUGGAACCCGGAAGGAAAUGAAUUGGUUGCUUAAGUACAGGCUCUCCGAAGCUUGUGAUGAGCUCGCAGUCGAGCUGCAUAAAUUUCAGAAGACGAAUCAUCGUUUCCCGCAAAUAAACCAUUUUUUGUGAGCCUGCCAUACAAGAAAA